AUGACUACACCCAUUUUGAUCGGAGUUGGAAUUGCCGGUCUCGCGACCGCUGCGAAAUUCGGGUUGAGAGCAUUUAACCGCAUGCCCGGCGGCGCAGGCGGAUCAGCGUUCAACAAGAAGUUCUACAAGGGUGGUUUCGAUCCGAGGAUGAACAAACGUGAGGCUGCCCUCAUUUUGGGAUUGAAGGAGACUGGCAUCACGAAGCAGAAGCUGAAGGAGGCACAUCGCAAGGUGAUGUUGGCGAAUCAUCCUGAUAGGGGAGGAAGUCCGUAUCUUGCGACGAAGAUCAAUGCGGCGAAGGACUUUUUGGAGAAGAGUGGAUUGCCACGAUAG